CUGCUGCAUCACUCACACCACAAUGCCCAGGCCGGAGGAAGCAAACCUGCCCGCUACGAACGAGGGGUACGGCACGAGAGAGUACUGGGAGGAGCGGUAUACUCGCGAGGGCCCAGACCACAACUUUGACUGGUUCCUCAACGCCGACUACCUCCUCCCGAUCUUCGAGGAGCUCACGGCCGACUUGGGCAAGGAGACGCGGAUCCUCAUGCUCGGGUGCGGCAACAGCCAGCUCAGCGAGGCGAUGUACGACGCGGGGUGGAAGAACAUUGUCAACAUUGACUUCUCUACUGCGCUCAUUGAGCAGAUGAAAGUGCGCCAUGAGGGGCGCCCCGGGAUGCAGUGGCUCGAGAUGGACAUUAUGGACCUCAAGUUUGGCGAGGAGUUUGACCUCGUUGUGGACAAGGGGACGAUGGACGCCCUCCUCACGACCAAGGGUGAUCCAUGGAACCCGCCCGCGAAGGACAUUGCCAACUGCACCAAGGAGGUCGACGAGGCUGUCCGCGUGCUCAGGAAGCGCCCGGGGUCCAAGUUCGUCUACUUCACGUUCGGCCAGCCCCACUUCCGCAAACGCUACCUGAUCAACCGCGAGGGCUGGAAGUUCUCGCAGCGAACAAUCGGCCCUCCCGAGGGCUUUGACUACUUCCAGUACCUGCUCGAGUGGGAGCCCACGACGGCGGCAUAGAGGGGCAAAGAUGGCAUCA